ACUACGCACGUACGUACGCGCGCACGCGCGCUAGCACCCCCGAGCGACCCGCGGCCCCAGGCCUGUCCCGUCCAGUCCCGUCCCGUCCCGCCCCGCCCCGUCCCGUCCCGUCCCACUCGGCUCCUUCCUUCCACCCUCCCCUUCCCCUUUUUUACUUCUCUUUCCCCAUCCCGCUCCUUCCCUCCCUCCCUCCCCCCCCUUCCCAUUCCUAGUGAUCUCCGUCCUUCCUCCACCCCUCCUAUUUCUCUCUCCCUCCCCGACCCUUCGUAGCCAGUUUAUUCCUCCAACUCCCGUUGCCUCUAACACCCCUUCCUCCCUUCCCCAAUCGCUCUCCUCUUCGGCCUUCCUCUUCUUAACCCUUCCCCGCCUCUUACUCUUUUCUCCCCUCCCCUUCCGUCCGCUUCUCUCCGCCCUGCCUUCUUCUCCAUCCCUCCCCUCUGACUCACUCCUUCCCCCACCCUUCCCCUCUCCUCUCUUUCCUCCCCCUCCCUUGUCUCCGUCUCCUUCUCCCCUCCCCUCCCUAGGCCUGGCGAACGGCGUGUUGCUGCGUCAUCGUCAGUGGCCGGUUUGAAUGAGACUCAAGAGUCGCGCCGGAGCCGCCGCCGUCGCCGCCGCUGCUGCAGCCGCCGGAUCUCAAGCCCAGCCCCAGGCGCCACCGCCGCAGCCUGUCCUCCUCGUUUUCCUUCCCCUCCUCAGUAGCCUCCGGUCCCGGCCUUCCUGUGCCGCCGCUUCCCUCAGCCAUGCCGCUCUUCUCAGUUAAUGUAAAAUGGGGAAAAGAGAAGUUUGAUGGUGUGGAACUGAAUACUGACGAACCUCCCAUGGUAUUCAAGGCUCAGCUUUUUGCACUGACUGGAGUCCAGCCUGCUAGACAGAAAGUUAUGGUGAAAGGAGGCACUCUGAAGGAUGACGAUUGGGGAAACCUCAAGAUAAAGAGUGGAAUGACUCUGUUAAUGAUGGGAUCAGCAGAUGCUCUGCCUGAGGAACCUGUAGCUAGAACUGUUUUCGUAGAAGACAUGACAGAAGAACAGCUAGCAUCUGCUAUGGAAUUGCCAUGUGGAUUGACAAAUCUUGGUAACACUUGUUACAUGAAUGCUACAGUUCAGUGUAUCCGUUCUGUGCCAGAACUCAAAGAUGCCCUUAAAAGGUACGCGGGUGCCUUGAGAGCUUCAGGGGAAAUGGCCUCGGCACAGUACAUCACUGCAGCCCUUAGAGAUUUGUUUGAUUCCAUGGACAAAACUUCCUCCAGUAUCCCACCUAUUAUUUUACUGCAGUUUUUGCAUAUGGCUUUCCCACAGUUUGCAGAGAAGGGUGAUCAAGGACAAUAUCUUCAACAGGAUGCUAAUGAAUGUUGGGUACAAAUGAUGCGAGUGCUACAACAAAAACUGGAAGCUUUAGAAGGUGAUUCUGUUAUGGAGACAGACAGCGCCUCACCUGCCGCAGCAGCCCAAACACCUUCUAAAAAGAAAAGUUUAAUUGAUCAGUUCUUUGGUGUUGAGUUUGAAACUACCAUGAAAUGUACAGAGGCUGAAGAAGAGGAAGCCACCAAAGGGAAGGAGAACCAGCUUCAGCUCAGCUGUUUCAUCAAUCAGGAAGUCAAGUAUCUGUUUACAGGACUUAAAUUGAGACUUCAGGAAGAAAUCACCAAGCAGUCUCCAACAUUGCAAAGAAAUGCUUUGUACAUAAAAUCUUCCAAGAUUAGCCGGCUGCCUGCUUACCUUACUAUUCAGAUGGUUCGAUUUUUUUACAAAGAGAAGGAAUCUGUGAAUGCCAAAGUUCUUAAGGAUGUUAAAUUUCCUCUUAUGUUGGAUGUAUAUGAACUAUGUACACCAGAACUUCAAGAAAAAAUGGUCUCCUUUCGGUCAAAAUUCAAGGAUCUAGAAGAUAAAAAAGUAAACCAACAGCCAAAGACAUCUAGCAAAAGUGGUGGUGCACAGAAAGAAGUUAAAUAUGAGCCAUUUUCUUUUCCUGAUGAUAUUGGCUCUAAUAACUGUGGUUAUUAUGACUUACAAGCAGUGCUAACACAUCAGGGAAGGUCUAGUUCUUCAGGCCAUUAUGUAUCAUGGGUGAAAAGGAAACAAGAUGAAUGGAUUAAGUUUGAUGAUGAUAAGGUCAGCAUCGUUACGCCAGAAGAUAUCUUGCGGUUAUCUGGUGGUGGAGAUUGGCACAUAGCAUAUGUUCUAUUAUAUGGGCCUCGCAGAGUUGAAGUAAUUGAAGAAGAAACUUCACAAUAAUCUUCAUCUUAGCUAUCUCUGACUAGGUGUGGAAUAAAUGUUGUUCAUUGAUCAUUUCUAAACCCCAGAGCUUUAGAAGAAAUUUUAGGUGGUUCUACGUUGUUUCCCCUCAUGUGGAGCCAAGAGGGCGAAAUCAGACUUGAAAUUUGUUCCAUGUAUUAACAAGCAAAACUAAAAACAGGAUACACAGAAAAGAGUUUAUCUUUGGACUCUGCUGCCCGUAUAAAGUAGCAGGCAGGAAGACUUUUUUUUUAAAAGGCUUAUUUCUUGUGUAAUUUUUUAAAAAAAUUCUAAAUGGAAAUGCCUUUCAACCACUACCUUCUAUCCUAGUGUUUAAUUUCUCUUUCUGCCUUUUCCAGCCCAAGAUUCAGCAAAUAUUUAUUGCACACCUAUUAUUCCAUCAUUUGUUGUUAUUCUUGCAUGGUUCAAACCACCAUUCAAUAGCUGCCCAUCCUUUUGCCUUAUCUAACAAAGUUUUGCCAGAAGGUGGAAGGGAGAAUGUUGCCCUUGUUGUGUAACUCAGUGCUGCUGCCCAUAGCCCAUGGAAACAUGGCUACAAUCAAGUAUUUGUCCAGCCUGACCUGCUGACUCAGUCUGUUCUGUUGCUGGCAUUUCAUGACUUCAAAAUAAAUUGUGAUCAAUAACAGUACA